CAAAACAGACAGACCAGAUCAGCAGAAGGCAUUUGAACAGUUCAGCUUUGCAUUUCCUCUGGAUCUGGAUUUACUUAAUGGUUAUGACAAUGGAUCUGCCUACAAGUUUCUCAUUUCCUUUCAGCAACACUACCAUAUAUGAAGAUCUGCUAGAGAACAGCACCCCGUGUCCUGAAACAGAGACUCAGCAGAUGUUCUCUAAGGUGGUGCCUGUGUAUAUUUUCACCCUCUCUGUGCUGGGAAUUGUACUUAAUAUUCUGGUCCUGUUGGUGUUUUGGCUCCACAAGAAUCCCUGCACCGUACCUGAGAUCUACCUGAGCAACUUGGCGGCUGCUGACCUCCUCCUGAUGUGCUUCAUGCCCUUCUGGGCUGUCACCAUAGUCAACAAAUACAACUGGGUCUUCGGUCCCCACAUGUGUCGACUGGUCAACCUUUGUAUUGUCAUGAACGCCAACUGCAGCAUCUACUUCCUUGUUCUGGUUAGCAUAGACCGUUUUUUGGCCCUGGUGCAUCCGCUGUCUCAUGCCAGGAUGCGCAGCCGGAAAUGUGCCAAAUUUGGUUGUCUGCUGGUCUGGUGUUUUGGUUUGAUCCUGAGUAUCCCCACGCUUGUGUGCAGAAAAGUGAAACAUAAAAAAUCAAAUAUUACUCAGUGCAUCCUUGGUUGCUCUACGACCAUGUUUUACACAAAUGAGGGCAUUCUGACGGUGGUUUGCUUCAUAAUCCCUGUUAUGAUUAUUUCCUACUGCACAGUCAGGAUAAUUCGAUCUUUGAAUAAGCGGCCAAUUGAGAGUUUAGGAACUCAGAGGAAAGAGUACAAGUCCACCAUUCUGGUGCUGGUUGUGCUGGUGGCGUUUCUGAUCUGCUGGGUGCCAUUUCACCUGACCAGGAUAAUAGAUGUGUUCCUGAGAGCUGAAAUUAUUCCUGGACAUGACAGUUGUGACAUUGUCAACACCUUCGAAAUGUUCAUGCAGAUCUUCAGCUACAUUGCAUUCUUAACAGCGUCCUCAACCCCCAUUCUAUACGUCAUUGUAGGAAAGACUUUCCGUGACAAAACGUUGGAAGUAUUUUGUGAGUUCACCAUGAAAAGAGUCUCAACCUCAGGAACCACUGCCAGCAGAACUCUACAAUCAACAGGAAAGAAACUGUGACUGUUUUUGUGUUUUUGAAGCCUUCUGUCAGGACAAUAAAAAAAUUUCCAUCAAAAUUUUUAUUGAUCAUUUAUCAUCAUCUUGUGCUUAAUUGUAGUCCUUUAUUUUAACUGAGCUUAGAUACUAAGUAAAGAUUCAUUAAUAGAGAUGCAACAGUUCAGAAAUCAUGUGCA